GCGCAGUCACACCAUCCACUCAGCAGCAUCCACCCUCUCUAGGUAGCGGCAGUCGUUCCCAGCACCGGCGGUGAGACACGGAGAGACGCGUCCGAGUGAUGCCACUGCACCAACCGCGUCCCGCAACCGCGAAAACACACCGAAUAUAAAGCGUUUCUUCUGCGUGGAGGGAUAAAACCGUUCGCCUUGAGACAUCAACUGCCCAUGAAGAUGUCUAACGUUGACAUGGUCUUGAACGCCACCGAUCGGGUAGUGAAAUCUGUGCCCUUUCCACUGAGCCAUAGGCUCACCAUGAAAGAGGUGUUCGACUGCGAGGGCAAGCCACGCGUGGACCUGCUCAAGGCCCACCUCACCAAAGAGGGCCGGGUGGAGGAAACCGUGGCCCUGCGCAUCAUCAACGAGGGCGCAGCCAUCCUACGGCAGGAGAAGACCAUGCUGGACAUCGAGGCACCUGUCACAGUGUGUGGGGACAUCCAUGGGCAGUUCUUUGACCUGAUGAAGCUCUUUGAGGUGGGAGGGUCACCUGCCACAACGCGAUACCUUUUCCUGGGGGACUAUGUGGACCGGGGCUAUUUCAGUAUCGAGUGUGUUUUGUACCUUUGGUCACUGAAAAUCCUCUAUCCAAAGACGCUAUUUUUACUGAGAGGAAAUCACGAAUGUAGACAUUUGACAGAAUAUUUCACCUUCAAACAAGAAUGUAAAAUCAAGUAUUCGGAGCAAGUAUAUGACUCUUGUAUGGAUGCAUUCGACUGCCUUCCCCUGGCUGCUCUCAUGAACCAGCAGUUUUUGUGUGUUCAUGGUGGCCUUUCGCCAGAAAUACACACCUUAGACGACAUAAAAAAGCUGGAUCGGUUCAAAGAGCCACCUGCGUUUGGGCCCAUGUGCGAUCUCCUGUGGUCAGACCCCCUAGAGGACUUUGGCAAUGAGAAGAGCCAGGAGUACUUCAGCCACAACACAGUCAGAGGUUGCUCCUAUUUCUACAGUUAUCCAGCUGUGUGUGAGUUCCUACAGAAUAAUAACUUGUUAUCAGUCAUCCGAGCACACGAAGCACAAGAUGCUGGAUACAGGAUGUACAGGAAGAGUCAGACCACUGGCUUUCCCUCCCUCAUCACCAUAUUCUCUGCACCAAACUACCUUGAUGUUUACAAUAACAAAGCCGCUGUCCUGAAGUAUGAGAAUAACGUGAUGAACAUUCGACAGUUUAACUGUUCCCCACAUCCCUACUGGCUGCCCAACUUCAUGGACGUGUUCACCUGGUCUCUGCCUUUCGUGGGAGAGAAAGUCACAGAGAUGCUGGUGAAUGUGCUGAGCAUCUGCUCCGAUGAUGAGCUUAUGAACGACGGAGACGAGAUCUUUGAUGCAAACGCAGCAGCAGCCCGGAAAGAGGUGAUUAGGAACAAAAUCCGUGCCAUUGGGAAGAUGGCCAAGAUGUUCUCUGUGCUCAGGGAAGAGAGUGAGAACGUGCUGACUCUAAAGGGGCUGACCCCGACCGGCAUGCUGCCCAGUGGAGUGCUGUCUGGAGGCAAACAGACUCUACAGAGUGCCACCAUUGAGGCCAUCGAAGCCAUCGAGACAGAAUCAAAGGACCGAGAAGCCAUCCGUGGCUUUUCUCCACAGCACAAGAUCAGCAGUUUCGAGGAGGCUAAAGGCCUAGACCGCAUCAAUGAGCGCAUGCCGCCUCGUAAAGAUGGGGUCAACCAUGUGGGCCACUCCAUGGGCAAAAUGAACAUGUCCGAGGCCAACGGCACCGAUGACAACAGCAACGUCCAGUGAUGCAGCGGCCACCUGCCUGCCCGCAACCGAGCCCAUGCUACUGCCUCGCCGUGGGGCAGGAUAUUGCCAAGCCCGUAAUUUAAGGCCUCCUGACGCCACCAUGACACAUAACUCCACGUACCGAUCCACCACUGCUGCAGCAUCCAAUUAGAGAAGCAAACUAUUCGAGUUCAAAUCUUUCCAGAAAGUGGGUGGGAGGCAGCGUCUAUUUGCUGCCAGUUUACUGUAUGCAGGUUCUGCCACAAUUUGGGUGCGCUGAACAGGGUAGGAAGUGUUGGGUUGGGUUGGGUUGUGUUUUUGCCCCAAGGGGUGGGGUGGGGAGAUGUUAGCCAAGGGCUGGAAGUGUCUUUAGCAGAGAGAAGGCAGUACCUAUGGCCACUCUGCCAACUCCUUACUGACUCCACCCAUGCACCAAUUAGGUGGAGUCUAAGAAUUAGAACUCUCUCUUUAGCCUCAUCCAUCGCAACUCAUCGGUGUGGGGUGACCAGCCAGUACCAAUGCCACGCACACAUUUUAAUAUUUUGAUUAAGAGUUUUCUUCAUGAGUCCAUCUUAUAAUGAAAUUAUCGCACUGUUUAACAUGUUUUGCUACUAGUAUUAAUGAAUACAAAAUUUGAAAUAACAAAAAUGAAAAGUUUGUAAGAAAGGACAUUUAAAAAGAAAAAUGUACAUUUUGUUACUUGCAAUGCAAUCUUACUGGAGUAUUUUUAUUUAUUGAUAUUUUUCCUUUCUUUUUUAGUUUCAUUUUAUGUUUCUUUGUUUGAUUGGUUGUUUUUUUGUUUUGUUUUGUUUUGUUUUUUUUGUUUUUUUUUGGGGGGGGGGGAUGCCAUAAAGGAGUGCCUAUGGGCUGUGGACUCAUUUACCCCAAACAUCUGUUUUGUGGAUAAGCACGAAGGAGAGAGGGCCACAGGGGGAGCUUGGGGUCGACCUUUUGCACCACCUACUUGAUUGUUUCUCACCUGCCUGUAACUUGAGAGAGAGAAUGCACAUAGUUAUGUUUCGCAAGUCAAAUAAAUCAAUAUAUAUAAAUAUAUAUAAAUAUAUGAUUAAUUAUAAUGAUGGACAAUAUUGAGGACAAUGAAUUUUUAACAGCAUCUAUGGUAUGGAACGCAUCAGUGCAUGCAAUUAAGUUCCUUAUUGAUAUGUGAAAUUAUAAUUGUGAUGUGUUUCAAUAUAGUAGAUUUGAAUUAUUUCCCUCUUCAGAUUAUAUUUGUAAAGUUCAACUUUGUUUUUUUUAUAUCUAUAUACAGUAUAUAUAUGAUUUUGUAAUCUUCUGUCCUUAAUUUAAUUUUUUCUUCCAUUUUUUUCAACAACAUUAUUUUGGUAUGGUUGAUUUUAUUUUUGUAUUGUUUUGCUGUACAGGCACUGGCUCUCUUUUUGAGGUGUGAAAACUUGUGUUUUUUCUGUUCAUUUGGUGUACAGAAGUUGUUCGAUAGUGUGAAUGAACAUAUUACUCAGUGAAAAGCAACAUUCAGGCUGCCAAAGCAUGAUCGCAUGGUUUAUUCAAAUAUAAACAAAUCAGACACAAUGAAAAUCCUGUGUCUCACUUUUAAAAGGAAAAAUAUAUUCUCAUUAUAAUUCUUGAUGAUAUUAUUAUUAUUAUUAUUAUUAUUAUUAUUCUUAAAAUGAAACUUAUGGUUCUUUUUUCCACUGUUUUCUGAUCCUUGUUUGGUCCAGAUGUGGUUUAUUUCAAAGAAGGAGUUUAAUGGAUUUUAACUUGUGACUAUUUUUUUCUUGUAAUUUUCUCUUGAGCUAAGUUUUCGCAUUUGACUUCCUAAAUGAUAACACACAUUGUAAGCAUGCCCUAUGGGACAAAUCACUUUUUUUACUCUUGAAUAAAAUAUGCAUGAAGUAUA